GGCUGCGGGAGGCCCCGGAGAGCGCCUCGCUGGUCGCGCGGUCGGCCAUGGAGACCUUGCGCAAAGCGCUGAUCGUGGGUGCCCUUCUGGGCGCCGGGGCUGGCGUGGGCUCCGCGCUCUUUGUCCUCGUGGCUCCGGGAGAGCAGCGGAAGCAGGAGAUGCUGAAGGAGAUGCCCGAGCAAGACCCGCGGCGCAGGGAGGAGGCGGUCAGGACCAAAGAGUUAGUGCUAGCCACUCUGCAGGAGGCAGCGGCCACGCAAGAGAACGUGGCCUGGAGGAAGAACUGGAUGGGCGGCGGCGGCGGGAAGUCAGCGUAAGCUGGGACUUCCAUCGUGGGCACUGGGACCUUGCUCCUGCGCAACAGUCGCAGGCAGCCUUUCUCCUCCGUACGCCCAGCGGGGAGACCCGAUUGAGGAUGCCGCGCCCAGACCUCCCUGAGGCCCUGGGAGCCGUUGCAGGGUGAGCACGUCCCCUAUCAAAAGAUGCACUGACUGCACUUUAACAUCCUACGUCGCGGGCGGGGGCGUCGGAUAUGGUGAACCCGAAGGAACCAAUAAAUCACGUUCCUCCGU